AUGCUUUCCACACGGCGGGCUAUCCCGCUCCUUGGCCUGACCUUCUUCGUCUUCCUCCUAUACUCGUUCACUAGCCUCUCACAAUGGCGCCGGUUGCCGCAAACCGUUCGACUGGGCGAUACCGCUGCGACACCCUCCCCGACCCCAUUUGCUCGCUGGAACAUUAGCGGAGUCGGAUUUGACGAACGACCGGGCAGAGAGCCGUACGCUCCUCAACCGCAAUACGUCCCUGGCAGGCCUAAGCCGCCCGGGUCGGACUACUCGAAAACGAUCGUGGUCCCGCAGACCAGCGAAGAAGACACGACGUGGAUGGAGUACGAGCUCCCCGGCUGGCAGUCCGCCGUUUACAUGGUUGACGACCCCUCUGCGCCUCUGCACCCGCCCCGGAAUAAAGGACACGAGGUGAUGGUAUACCUGAGCUUCAUCAUCGACCACUACGACCAGCUGCCCGACAUCGUAGCUUUCAUGCACUCUCACCAAUUCGCAUGGCACAAUGACGAGAUCUUUGGCGGGAAUGCGGCCGAGAUGCUGGACCGACUCAACCCCGCGCGAGUGGUCCGCGAAGGAUACAUGAACCUGCGCUGCACCUGGGCUCCCGGCUGUCCCGACUGGCUGCAUCCCGGAACGGUGGAAGAGGACGAAACGAAGCAGGAAGAGACCAUGCUCGCUCGAUCUUGGGGAGAAAUCUUCCCCGACGACCCCAUCCCGGACGUCCUGGCGCAGCCAUGUUGCGCUCAGUUUGCGGUCUCGCGCGAGCGAAUCCUGUCCAUACCUAAAGCGCGCUUCGUGUAUUACCGCGACUGGAUCCUUCGGACGGAAUUGAGUGAUUACAUUUCCGGCCGUGUGUGGGAGUAUUUGUGGCACGUGGUAUUCACCGGACAGAACGUUGUCUGUCCCAAGGAGAACGUCUGCUACUGUGACGGGUAUGGAGUCUGUUUUGGUGGCGAAGACGAGUACGACCAAUUCCGCAGUGUUGGCCACGAGAAGCAAGACUUGGAGGAGCAGCUGAAACAUUGGUAUGGUCAAGCCGAAGUGAUUGAGAUUGCUCGGUUGCGAGGAAAUCUGGGAGAGAACAGCCGACUCACGGUUCCCGAACCGGGCAAGGAUCUUUCACUGCAGGAUCAAAUCUACGAAAAAGAAAUAUUACUGGAUGACAUCCUGUUCAAUGCUACGGAACGGGGCAAGGAUCCCCGAGCCAGAGCUAAGGAGGCAGGAAGACCUUGGAAGGAGGGAGAUGGGUUCUAG